AUGUACGGUAUCGACCGAAAACGGGCCAUCCGCAUCGUGGCGGCGUCGCUGACGUCGGGAACAUAUAACGGGCGUGGCAGCGACCAUUCCGCCUUCAGUCCCUACCGAACUGAGCCAGCGGCGCUGCAGGCGUACGAGAUGUCGGGCAUUGGCCCGGAGGACAUAGACCUGGUGCAGGUUCACGACGCGGCCACCAUCGGCGAACUGCAGCAGAUUGAAGCCUGA